GCUGAUCCAGUAGUGUACGUUAGCCGUUAGAGAUGGUUCAGUUUUACUCAGUCACACUCGGUGACAGUGUGUUCACGAUACCGACCCGGUACACUGAGCUAGUGAGCCGCGGCGCGGGCGCGCAAGGGAUGGUGUGCGCCGCAUAUGACACGGUGACGCAACAGAAUGUCGCCAUCAAGAAGCUAUCUCGGCCAUUUCAAAACGUGACACACGCGAAGCGGGCGUACCGCGAAUUCAAACUUAUGAAACUCGUCAAUCAUAAAAAUAUAAUCGGUCUUCUAAAUGCGUUCACGCCACAAAAGAGCCUGGAGGAGUUCCAGGACGUUUACCUGGUGAUGGAACUGAUGGACGCCAACCUCUGCCAGGUGAUACAGAUGGACCUCGACCACGAGAGGAUGAGCUAUCUCCUCUACCAGAUGCUGUGCGGUAUUAAGCAUUUGCAUCUUGCUGGAAUUAUACAUCGGGAUCUAAAGCCGUCCAACAUAGUAGUGAAGAGUGACUGCACGCUGAAGAUCUUGGACUUCGGCCUAGCUCGCACGGCCGGCACCACCUUCAUGAUGACCCCCUACGUCGUCACCAGAUACUACCGCGCGCCAGAGGUGAUCCUGGGCAUGGGAUACACGGAGAAUGUCGACAUCUGGUCGGUGGGCUGCAUUAUGGGCGAGAUGAUCCGCGGCGGCGUACUCUUCCCCGGCACUGACCACAUCGACCAGUGGAACAAGAUCAUCGAGCAACUGGGCACUCCGUCGGCGGCGUUCAUGGCGCGGCUGCAGCCGACGGUGCGCAACUACGUGGAGAACCGGCCGCGCUACACCGGCUACAGCUUCGAGCGACUCUUCCCAGACAUACUCUUCCCCAGCGACAGCAACGAGCACAACCGCCUCAAGGCGUCGCAGGCGCGGGACCUGCUCUCACGUAUGCUGGUCAUUGACCCCGAGCGUCGCAUCUCUGUCGACGAGGCGUUGCUGCAUCCUUACAUCAAUGUCUGGUACGACGAGGGAGAGGUUAAUGCGCCGGCGCCGGCGUCGUACGACCACUCGGUGGACGAGCGCGAGCACACGGUGGAGCAGUGGAAGCAGCUCAUCUACCAGGAGGUGGUCGAGUACUCCGCGCCCCCCCCGCCCGCCACACACCAGCCCCCGCCCGACCAUGCGCAGCCCGCCCUCACCACAUAGGCUCCAGCGGAGCUGAGCGCCGAGAUAUAAUCGGGGAGCACAGUGCCAGGCCGGCCCCAUCAAGCCCGCCAUUGUAGAGUUGGCCGCAUUGUGUUCCGCGGUAUGCGGCCGGGCUCAGGCUGCGACUGUCCGCUAGCCGCUGUAUAACUCAUGUAUAUACUGACCGUGGAUGUUACGUGCAAUACUCGACGGAAUGAUACAGUUGACACAGUGCUAACUAUACGGCAAGUGUUCGUCAAUCGUCGCGACAUUACACAUACCCGUAGCGUAGCUGAAGUAAUUUGUACUCUAUUAUGUACCGGUUUGUUUGUAUUAUUUUAAAACCCGUUAUGGACUUGUCUAUUUGUAGUUUCUUCCUGUUUCUUAUGAUAUAAAUAGUGGUAAGCUGUAAUUAUAAUUUACCAAUAUGGGACGCUUCUAAGGUAAGCUCAACGGUUUGAAUGCUCGGUUCCUACACGCCACAUCCGUGUCUCACGACUUUGGACAGUUCGUUUGCAUCAAGGAGUGCCUUUUGCGAAUUGCAAAUACAAAAAGUUGGUGAUUUUCUGCGUAUGGACUGACUUUGAUAUGUUUGAAUAUUUUUGUAAUAAAAUACAUUAAUCGAUAAAUUACUUAAGUGAUUCCCUCUUUGAAGAUGC